CUUUCUAAACAUCAGAUAAUCCAUACAGGGAAGAGACCCUAUGAAUGCAGUGAGUGUGGGAAAACCUUCACUAGCAGCUCAGUCCUUUCUCAACAUCAGAGAAUCCACACAGGGAACAGGCCCUAUGAAUGCAGUGAGUGUGGGAAAAGCUUUACCAGCUCAGACCUUUCUAAACAUCAGAGAAUCCACACAGGGAACAGGCCCUAUGAAUGCAGUGAGUGUGGAAAAAGCUUCUCUAUCAGCUCAGUCCUUUCUCAACAUCAGAGAAUCCACACAGGGGAGAGGCCCUUUGAAUGCAGGGAGUGUGGGAAAACAUUCACUUACAGAUCACAUCUUGUUGUUCAUAAGAGACUCCACACAGGGGAGAAGCCCUAUGAAUGCAGUGAGUGUGGGAAAAGCUUCACUCGCAGCUCAAACCUUACUGGGCAUCAGAGAAUCCACACAGGAGAGAGGCCCUAUGUAUGCAGUGAGUGUGGGAAAACCUUCAAUCACAGAUCACACCUUCUUACCCAUCUCAGAAUCCACACAGGAGAGAGGUCCUAUGUAUGCAGUGAUUGUGGAAAAAACUUCAUUCACCGCCAGCAGCUUAAUUGCCAUCAGAGAAUCCACACAGGUAUGCGACCCAAUGGAAGCAGUGAGUGUGGGAAAACCUUGUCUUGCCACUGAGCCCAUGUGAGCCAUCAGAGAAUCUGCAAGGGGGAUCAACACCAUAAAAACCUCUAGGGCUAUCACUACUUUAAUACUUUCCUGAUUCCCACUUUUACAAGCCGUUUGAAGCACCGAUAUCCCUCAGCUUGUCCAGAUGAGUGAGUGGCCUAUUUUUGCAUUUUGCAGUUUGACCUCUUUGAGGUGGACUCAUUUAUCCUUUCUAUCAACUCCAU